AUCUGACAGAUACAAGCGCUAUACAAGAACCCAAUAUCAUUAUUAUUGUUAUCUAUUGUCAGAUUUACCGCUUCAAUUAAAGUAUCAUUUUCGUUGCCAAAGUCAAAUAUCACGAAGUUUGUUUUGGUCUGAUUAAUCUUUAAUUUAUUUGCGGACACUUCAAUAAUUAUUAUUUGCUGGUACGUCAUGGCACCUCCAAUGUUUACGGCCAUCUACCAAGGACGCUUUGCUUUAACUGCUGCCAAUAUACUUGUUGGUAUAAAGGUGACGCGUUUGUGGCUUUUAUUGACAUUCAACGAGCUUUCCACCGAGAGUGUGGAAUUACAGAGCUGUCACGGAGUUCGACUUGUUACAUUUUACUAAACACCGCGGUUAGGAUCAAAGAUGACAGUUUUUCCCAGAAACACGGGGCUGGUCUUUGCUCUCGCUCAGCUAGUAGUCCUAGCUCUGGCGAGCCCGCCGACUCCGCACAUCGUGUUCGUCAUGGUAGACGAUCUCGGAUACAACGAUGUCGGUUACCAUAGCGACGGAUCAGCGAUUGAGACAGAUAACAUCGAUGCUCUUGCAGCCGGAGGACUGAAGCUCGAGAGUUAUUACGUCGCCCCACUCUGCACACCCUCAAGAAGCCAGUUCCUCAGUGGAAAAUAUCUGAUUCACAAUGGGAUGCAGCACCUUGUUAUCGAUCCGAGAGUGCCCCGAUGUCUUCCUCUUGGUGAUGACACCAUGGCCAACAAACUCACUGAUGCAGGCUACGCUACCCAUCUCGUUGGUAAAUGGCAUCUUGGAUUCUACAAGCAGGAAUGCUGGCCCCUCAACAGGGGCUUCCAAUCAUUCUUUGGAUUGCUACUUGGUAGUGGGGAUCAUUUCUCUCACAACUACACUGAUGUCGGGAGCGGUAGGCCUAAUGCUAAAUGUGGUCAGAACUUUGUUGGCAUGGAUCUACGUGAUGAUGAAGUCAAUGUCCAACCCGUCUACGAGGAUCAACAUUCGACCACCAUCUUUACCGAGAGAGCGCAGUCAAUCAUCAGAGCACAUGACCAAAACGAACCCAUGUUCAUGUACCUGUCCUACCAGGCACCUCAUCUCCCGUUCGAAGUUCCAGACGAGUACUUUGUCAGCUACCGCGGUAAGAUUAAUAAUCGAAACCGUCGCACGUAUGCAGGUAUGGUGACGAUGUUAGACGAGUCGAUCGGCCAACUGACUGAUACCUUGAAGGAGGAAGGACUUUGGAAUGACACCGUCUUCAUCUUCUCAACCGAUAAUGGCGGCGUGGGCAAGAAAAACGCAGGUAACAACUGGCCCCUGCGUGGUGUCAAGGGCAACUACUUCGAAGGUGGGAUUAGAGGCGUAGGCUUCGUCGCAGGCCCAUUGCUGUCAACCAACGUCCAGGGCACGAUCAGCACAGAUUUAAUGCAUAUAAGCGACUGGUACCCAACCCUAGUUGAGGGGGUUGCCAAUGUGACGUUGAACCACACUGAGUUGGGCCUGGAUGGAGUUAACAUGUGGGAUGUGAUUAGCCAAGGUGAAUCUGGUGACCCUGAUCGUGAGAUCGUCUACAAUAUAGACCCUGACAUGCAGCGCCCAGCUAGCAUUGAUUCAAAGUAUGACAGCUAUGCUGCCGUCUUCGAUAUCUCUAUCCAUGCCUCAAUAAGGAGAGGCGACAUGAAGCUCGUGACUGGUUACCAAGCUGAUACGGAUUGGCUUGCGCCUGUUGAAUCGGGUUUCGCCAGCGUCUACGCAACCGACGCCGGGAAAGCCAUCUGGUUGUACAACAUCACUGCUGAUCCUACCGAGCAAGACGACCUCUCCGACUCCAUGGCUGACGAGGUGGUUGACCUCCUGGGACGUCUCCAAUCUUACUACACGGGUUCUAGGUUCGAAGCCCCGGCCAACCCUGGCAUAGAUUGUGACUCCGACCCUGCCCUGUAUGGGAAUCUGUGGACCAACUGGGAGUAGAGCCAAGUAGAACUACCUCAACCUCAAAGUCGACCCCAACCUCAACCUUACAUAUCUUUUAAACAUCAUCUUACCUCAUAUUAUAUAGAGUAUAUAAUCUAACUUUAUUGCUUUUGAUGAUUAACUUACUCUAUCUCA